GGCGGGUAAUCUAGCAUGCUGUCUUUGUCUAAGGUCGCCUUGUUUUAGUUAGGAAACCGGGAAACUGACACCUUAUCAUGGCGGAUAAAAGGCCCAAGCGACAACGGACUGGAAGAUCCUGUAUGUUCUUUGAUGCAAGUCUGCAACACAGAGAAGAAAUCGAGUUAAGAAGGGCACUUAAUGAGUCUUUGAAAGAAGCACGAAGUGCACAACAGAAACACGAAGAGCCCGCACAACCGAGCGCAGAAACAAGAUCGAUAUGCACUAAUACUGAAACAAGGCUACGUUUGAAAAAACCCCGUGGUCCUAAACUGAAAAAGUGCAGCAAAACCCGCUCUUUAGAAAUAAAACAGAAUGAAGGUAUAACGAAAGGGAGUGAACCUACCAUCACAAAUGAGGAGGUAUUAGCGAAAUCCAAAGACCAAAAAGGAGAUUCAGCUAAAUGGAGAAAGCUUCAGAACAAGGGAUCCCUUAGUGAAAAACAACAGAGAAAAGAACUUCAAAGUCCAGAAAAAUCAGACAAAGUUAUUAAGUCAAACAAAUUGGUGAAGGCUGGUCAGAAGAGAGAGCUUAAGAUUGUUUUAAAUAAACAGAAGACAAAUGGGAAUUUAUUCACUUGCAAGAAAGGGAAUGAUGGAAAGAAAAGAAACGUUGUUAAAAGCUUGACUGAGAAAUUUAAUACUGCCAGCAAAGAUGAAAAACAACCAUCCACAAAAUGUGCAAAGCGAAAGCAAGAAAAUGACGAUCAAAAUGACAUUGAAACUUGCAAUGAUCAGGUUAAGAAGAGAAAAAUCACACCUCCAAAGCUUGUACCUGAAGUUUUACUAAAAACAGAAAAAACUCCGUUUUCAGUAGAAGAGAGGUACACCUCUGAUAUAUCUGCCCUUAAACAAGAAGUAUCUGAUGUGCUGCAGGGAAAACUUAGAAAAAAGCAUAAACAAAGGCUUAAAGACAGAAAACUUGUGAGUCCACUGGGAGAAAUCUACAUCCCAGCUAAUACAGCCAAGACAGAAGAUUUCCUGACUUUCUUAUGUUUGAGGGGUAGUGCCAGUCUUCCAAGAUCCUUUGAGGUCUUCAACAAUCCUGAUCCUUUCUUUACUCAGCCAACUCAGCAAUUUCCAGACGAAGAAGGGUUUUCCAGUCCAAUGCUCCACACACAGUCAUCAGUGACCUACUCUCCACCUUUGUCAAGUUCUCCGAGUGAGUUCUCAGCAGACUCGCCUAUGUCUUCUAUAGAUGGCUGGUUGUAACAGUACUACAUUUUAACAGUAGCAUUGACAAAGGCAAUUCAAUGCAUUGAGUUAACCUUGUAGUAAACCUCUAUAAGCCUUUGACCUCUAAGAACUAUUGGCUUGUAAUGUCUUCUUGUGAUAUCAUGCCUGACUAACUCAUUGUCACAAGAAUAAAAAAAAUGAUCAAGUAAAGAAGCUCUUGAUUGACAAAUUCUCCUUGUCGGCACUGUAUGAAAUGUAUAGUGAACAGUAUGGAGAAUGUUCAUACUGAUGCUAUGGUGUUAAGGGUUAACUGUUGUACAUUUUCUUGUACAUCACUUAUUUAUGAGAGUUUUUUCUCUGUCAAGUUGACACUUAGAUGAUAACCUUUUUGAUUCUAAUCUCAUUGUGCAAUUGCAAUCGAAUUGCUGUGACAUACAUGAAGGAUUAUCCUGAAAGCUAGCUUCUGGUUACUGUCUCCUAGUACUGUCUGUCAAGAGUUUUUUCAAACACUCUCUGUCCUUGAAUCCUUCUACAUAUUUUGAAUAAUGAACUGAACUUGUACAGAGAAGUUACACUUCACUUCUUACAAUGGAAAGAUGAAGACUUCUUAGUAAGACAAUGAAAAGUUUGUCAUUCUGGGGCCAAUAGUUUCAGAGGCGGUACAUCUCAUGGGAAAGCUACAAAGCCUAGUAAGUUUACUCCAAUGCAAGGUUAGGACAAAUGUGUUCUGAACAACUUGGCUUAGAUUGUGACUGUGGCAGAGUUUGCAUUGCAUCAUGGGCAAUAUGCUUUUACAGCUUACAAUUGUCUUUCUAGUUGUAACAACCUUUAAAUAAAAUAUGAAAAGUAUGUAAAAAUUGACAAGAAUGUGAACCAUGAUAGGGGAAUACAAAUGAAGUCAUAUUUCUCCAAUCAUUAUUGUGUUCAAAAAACAUAUAUUUAAUAUUAUGAUGAAAAUGUAGGAUAUUGUGUUCAUUGGAAUGUUUGCAUGACUACGAGUUUAAAUUUGGAUAUAGGGUUUUUAAAGAUGACUUAUGAUUUUGAUUAUUCAUAAUUAGUAUAUACUAACAGUUGAUAGUGUUGAAGGCACGCUCCUAUUAGCCACUUGAACUCCAAAUAAUCUUUGGGGCUCACUUCCAGGCAAUUUGCACUGGAUCUGGGUCCAAGAAUAUUAUAAUUGUUGUAGGAGUAAACAAGUUUAAAUAAUCUUUUUAGGCUAUACUUCUCACUGUUUUAGUACAUUCUUACAGCUCCGUAAAUAUUCACCAUUGGCCACCUCCACUUUAGUGAAUAGUUGUUACUUGCCAUUCUAUAAUCAUGCUAGUUUAGCUUUAGAAUUUAAUAGACUACUACCCAUUCAUGCAAUAGCAAGUGCAUAAAAAGAAUUGGAUGUUUGACCCCUUGGGCUGUACAAAAGUUAGGAUGAAAUAACCAGAGGUAUUUAUUGCAAAGUGUUGCUAUUUUUGUUAUUCACUAGUACAUAUUUUUAUCAUCAUGUUGUACUAAAAUUAAUUUUUUAUGCAGAGGACAUCAAUGUAAAUAGUUUGCUUAUGGCUACUGAAUGAGUAUUACUUUCUGGAACAACCUGCAAAGUGACCCAAUAAAAAGCUAUUUUUAAAUAAAAGCUAAA